GGGAAAACCUUCUGCGUCCGCCAUUUUGGCUGCUUCUGUCGGUCUGUUCAGUUACCACGUGAACUACCGACGGAGAUCCGUGGUGGGGGGAGGCGGCGCAACGUUAAGUGAGAAAAGAAAAAAGACAACGAGGGGAAAGUGUUUGCGGGGUUGGGAGACGCGGUGACACCCGAGGCUUGCUGGCGGUGGUGAAUCGGGGCAAUCAAGGCUGAAGCAACCAGGGAACGGCGGCGGCGGCGGCGGCGGUCGUCGGACAAACAGACUGACCGAGCCGGGCGGUGGCGGGAGCAGCGGGAGGAGCCGGAACGAUGCCGGCCGUGAGCCUCCCGCCCAAGGAGAAUGCGCUCUUCAAGAGGAUCUUGAGAUGUUAUGAACAUAAACAGUAUAGAAAUGGGUUGAAAUUCUGUAAACAAAUCCUCUCUAAUCCUAAAUUUGCAGAGCAUGGAGAAACCCUGGCUAUGAAAGGAUUAACAUUGAACUGUUUGGGAAAAAAGGAAGAAGCUUAUGAAUUGGUUCGUAGAGGUUUGAGAAAUGACUUGAAAAGUCAUGUGUGUUGGCAUGUUUAUGGCCUACUUCAGAGGUCAGACAAGAAAUAUGAUGAAGCCAUUAAGUGUUACAGAAAUGCGCUAAAGUGGGAUAAAGACAAUCUUCAAAUCUUAAGGGACCUUUCUUUACUACAGAUUCAAAUGCGAGAUCUUGAGGGUUAUAGGGAAACGAGAUAUCAAUUACUUCAGCUUCGACCUGCACAGAGAGCAUCAUGGAUUGGUUAUGCUAUUGCUUACCAUUUAUUAGAAGAUUAUGAAAUGGCAGCAAAGAUUUUAGAAGAAUUUAGGAAAACACAACAGACAUCUCCUGAUAAAGUGGAUUAUGAAUAUAGUGAACUCCUUUUAUAUCAGAAUCAAGUUCUUCGGGAAGCAGGUCUCUAUAGAGAAGCCCUUGAACAUCUUUGUACCUAUGAAAAGCAGAUUUGUGAUAAACUUGCUGUAGAAGAAACCAAAGGGGAACUUCUGUUGCAAUUAUGUCGUUUGGAAGAUGCAGCUGAUGUUUAUAGAGGGUUACAAGAGAGAAAUCCUGAAAACUGGGCCUAUUACAAAGGUUUGGAAAAGGCACUCAAUCCAGCUAAUAUGUUAGAACGACUAAAAAUUUAUGAGGAGGCCUGGACUAAAUAUCCAAGGGGGCUGGUUCCAAGAAGACUGCCAUUAAACUUUCUAUCUGGUGAGAAGUUUAAAGAGUGUUUGGAUAAGUUUCUGAGGAUGAACUUCAGCAAGGGUUGUCCACCAGUCUUCAAUACUUUGAGGUCAUUAUACAAAGAUAAAGAAAAGGUGGCAAUCAUAGAAGAAUUAGUAGUAGGUUAUGAAACCUCUCUAAAAAGCUGCCGAUUAUUUCACCCCAAUGAUGAUGGAAAAGAGGAGCCACCAACCACAUUACUUUGGGUCCAGUACUACUUGGCACAGCAUUAUGACAAAAUUGGUCAGCCAUCUAUUGCUCUGGAAUACAUAAAUACUGCUAUUGAAAGUACACCUACAUUGAUAGAACUCUUUCUUGUGAAAGCUAAAAUCUAUAAGCAUGCUGGGAAUAUUAAAGAAGCUGCGAGGUGGAUGGAUGAGGCUCAGGCCUUGGACACAGCAGACAGAUUUAUCAACUCCAAAUGUGCAAAAUAUAUGCUAAAAGCCAAUCUGAUAAAAGAGGCUGAAGAAAUGUGCUCAAAAUUUACAAGGGAAGGAACAUCAGCAGUAGAGAAUUUGAAUGAAAUGCAAUGCAUGUGGUUCCAGACAGAAUGUGCCCAGGCUUAUAAGGCAAUGAAUAAAUUUGGUGAAGCACUUAAGAAAUGUCAUGAGAUUGAGAGACAUUUUAUAGAAAUCACUGAUGACCAGUUUGACUUUCAUACAUACUGUAUGAGGAAGAUUACUCUUAGAUCAUAUGUGGACUUACUAAAACUAGAAGAUGUACUUCGACAGCAUCCAUUUUACUUCAAGGCAGCAAGAAUUGCUAUAGAGAUCUAUUUGAAGCUUCAUGACAACCCCCUUACAGAUGAGAAUAAAGAACGUGAAGCUGAUACAGCAAACAUGUCUGACAAAGAGCUAAAGAAACUACGUAAUAAACAAAGAAGAGCUCAAAAGAAAGCCCAGUUAGAAGAAGAGAAAAAAAAUGCAGAAAAAGAAAAGCAGCAAAGAAAUCAGAAAAAGAAGAAGGAUGAUGAUGAUGAGGAAAUUGGAGGUCCAAAAGAGGAACUUAUCCCAGAGAAACUGGCCAAGGUUGAAACUCCAUUGGAAGAAGCUAUUAAAUUUUUAACACCGUUGAAGAACUUGGUGAAGAACAAGAUAGAAACUCAUCUUUUUGCCUUUGAGAUUUACUUUAGGAAAGAAAAGUUUCUUUUGAUGCUACAAUCAGUAAAGAGGGCAUUUGCUAUUGAUUCUAGUCAUCCUUGGCUUCAUGAGUGUAUGAUUCGACUCUUUAGUACUGCAGUGUGUGAAAGUAAAGAUUUACCUGAUACAGUUAGAACAGUAUUAAAACAAGAAAUGAAUCGUCUUUUUGGAGCAACAAAUCCAAAGAAUUUCAAUGAAACUUUUCUGAAAAGGAAUUCUGAUUCAUUGCCACACAGAUUAUCAGCUGCCAAAAUGGUAUAUUAUUUAGAUCCUUCUAGUCAGAAGCGAGCUGUAGAGUUGGCAACAACACUUGACGAAUCCCUCACCAACAGGAACCUCCAGACAUGUAUGGAGAUAUUAGAAGCCUUGUUUGAUGGUAGCCUAGGAGACUGUAAAGAAGCUGCUGAAGUUUAUAGAGCAAAUUGUCAUAAGCUUUUCCCUUACGCUUUGGCUUUCAUGCCUCCUGGAUAUGAAGAGGAUAUGAAGAUCACAGUUAAUGGAGAUAGCUCUGCAGAAACUGAAGAACUGGCCAAUGAAAUUUGAACAUCAUAAAACAAGCAAAUGGAAUGACUUUGGACCAUAUCUAGUGUAUAAUAUUUUUGUCACGCACCUGCUGCAUUGCUCUAACUUACACAGAAUGAGAAGAGUACAUGUUCUUGCCUUCAAAUAGUGUUUUACGUUUUUUAUCCUGCUGAAAAAGUAUAUAUAAAAUAUCUAACAUACUACAGGAUAUAGGUUCAGUUUCUUAAGAAAUUAAAAGCUGCUAAAAUUGAGGGGAUAAAAAAGAUACCUUAUUCUAUUCCUACCUACCCACCCAUGUUUUUAAACUAAUUUAUAUAAACUCUGGAGGCUGUUACAGCUAACAAAGCAGGUGUGUGGCAGAAAUAUUACUUUAAAUUUGUCUUGUGAGAUUUUACUAUAUCUCAGACAGCAGAAAUGCUGUUUUAGCACUGGAUUCUUUCACUGAGCACAAAGAGUUGUUGGGGCUUUAGCAUCUGACUGAUUUUGUUACGGGGUUGAAUCUGACCAUAGGAAGUAUGCAAUGUGAAUCACUAUUUACAGAGAAACUACAACAGAUGCUUGAUGUUGUAGAAGCUGGGAUGUAGAGAUACCAAGCAGAAUUAUGAGACCUCGAGGGUGUUCAGUAUGCUUGUUGUGUUUCCAAAAUUCACUGUACACGAUCAGUUUGGUGUUCUUGUACCACAGUUUUUAACUGAAGGAACCAGUUGGAACAAUCUCAAUUUUAACUGAAACUUGAAGAACUAAAAUAACAAUGCAGGCCUUUCAGCAUUGUUUUGGCCAAACUUGUUAAAACUGUAAUGCAAGAACCAAAUGCACUGUGAUGUGGCACCAACUAAUUAGCAAGCAUGAAUUUUUUCACCCAAGAGUGAAAAAAGAAAAUCUACCAUGGCUUGAAGUUAAAGAGCAGAACUCCUGACUACCAUUCUAUGACUGAUCAAGAGACUAAUAGAUAAAAACCUCAGCAGGCCUUGUUCACGAUAUGCAGAAAAAAGUGCUGCAGUUUAGAUACCUCUGGAAUUUUUCCACAGUGUCACAGGUUUGUAAUACUUGAAGCCCUACAUUUCUAAGAAUAUAUUUCUUGCUCAGUUGUUUCAGGCAAGCCCAAGACUUUGUAAUUUUUAAAGGGCCCAAGAUUUUUUUUUUUCCAAUAACAGACCAGCUUCUUUUUCCUGCAGUUACAGAUGUAAUUUCCUUUUUGUUGUCAAACACAAGGUACCAAAUAUGAUGCAAUAAAUUGUUUUGAAAAACAAUUGUGUGAAUAUUUCAGCUAAUCUUUGUUGGGCUUCUGUGAAAAUACACAGGUGGAAACAGAGGUGCAGAGCCAGAGGCAGUGUAUUGUGCUGUCAGGCUAGUUCAGGUGGGAAGUUUUAGAAUGGGCUAAAUGCUGGUGUCAGGGAAAUUCCAUAAUGCAAGUGUAGUGGUCCUGUGUUAAGAUUUUAUUGAGGGCUCGGGUGGCAGCAGGCACUAUGAAUGUAAUUUUUAACUCAUAAUUUGAAAGGAAAACUGAAAACUGCUAUUUUGAGAAAAUGAGCCUUGAAAUGCUAAACACUGAAAACUAGCCUCAGGCUCACUAUUCUCUUUGCAUUUGCAAGAUCUGGACAAGAUGAAGUAGAAUGAAUGAAUUGUAUUUAUAAUUGACCUUUCUGUGGUACUUUUAGUUUAUAGAAAGUAUAUUCUAAAGGGAAUUUUCAGGAGACCUGUUCCUUUUACUGAUUGAACUGUUGUGCUAAACGCAGCCUUUUAUAGUACGUGACCUGCAUUCCACAUCCCGGUCUAACAAUCUGGUGACAUUAAGACAAGUACAAGUUGAACUCCAGUACUGUGUUAGGUUUUAUUAACUGGCCCUGUCUCAGGAACACCUUAACAGAUGGCAAAAACAAACCCUUUUUCAACCUCUCCUAUGAGUGGCUACUGAAGUGCUUACUCUUGGGACAGAACACUAGUGCUACCUCUGCCGCUACAGAGGUGUUUGGAGGAGGCACCAGCCAUAUAUACUAGGGGAUGUAUGUGUGGGUUAUGUUUAAACUCUACUGUAUAUUGAAAUGAAAUUCAUAUAUUUGUCUUGACGAUGUUCAAACUAUGUAGAUUGUCUUAGAAUGAAUAUUCAUUCUCAACUCGAUGCAGAUUCCACCUUAAGGAACUUAAAUUCCUAACAUGUAUAUUGUAUUCCAACCCAGUUUUACUGGAAUUAUUGAAUAAAUAUUUUAUUUUCUUUCAGGUUUA